ACUACGUACGUGACACGGUUACCAAGAAUCGAAGCCGUUGCUGAGUUUAGACUACCAUGGCCAAGAAUGGAAUCUGUUGCUGAGUUUAGACUACGUAAUGGCCAAGAAUCGAAGCCGUUGCUGAGUUUAGGAGUGGCACUCUACCACAUAGCCGAAUGGCCAAGAAUCGAAGCCGUUGCUGAGUUUAGACUUUGGCCAAGAAUCGAAGCCGUUGCUGAGAGGAAACGGAGAAGACCCACCAUAUGUAACCUACAUGAGGAAAUGGAGAAGACCCAUCUGAUCUGUAACCUACAGGAGGAAAUGGAGAAGACCCACCUGAUGUGA